AUGUUAAAGUAAUGCUUAACAUAAUUUUAGCAAUUAAAAAGCAUAUGUAGAAUAAAAAUUUCAGGAUUUUCAAGUAAACUCAAAACAAAAUUAAUAAUAUUAUUUUUCUUAAAUGAAACAGAAAAAAAUAAUUGAGAUUGAUGGCAUAAAAAUUACCAAAGCAAAUAAAAUAAAGCAUGGAGCAGAAGCGAAAAUUUAUGAGGGUUAUUUGAAUCAAAAUGAACAUUAAAAAGUUGCGUUGAAAAAACAUAAAGAAAAAUUUACAAACGAAUAAAUUCUACUUCUUAAAAUCCUUAAAGAAUAAAUUAACGAUCAUAUAAUUGAAAUUAUUGCUUUUGGAUAGACUUAAAAAGGAAAAUGCUAUAUCGUAAUGGAACUUGGAAAUUAAAUUGAUUUGAUGAAUCUGGCUAAUAAAUAAUAAACAUGUUUAGAAGUAAAUAUUACUUUAAUUAGAUGGCAAAAUCAAUAUAAAUAUUACAUAAAUAUGGAUAUUUUCAUAGAGAUUUAAAACCUGAAAACUUUGUUAUAAGUCAAAAGGGAAAAAUUAAACUAAUAGAUUUUGGAAUUGCAAAAAAAAUGAAUGAUAAUUUAUUUAUGUCGUUCAAUGGAACUUACGAUUAUAUUGCACCUGAAAUAUUAAUAAGCAAAGAAUACGAUGCUAGUGUAGAUAUUUGGAAUUUAGGAGUGAUUUUUUUUGAAGUUUUGGAAGGAAAAUAAUUUUUUCGUCUACUUAACUUAGAUAGAAUUCAAGAUUAUAUAAUUAUUUCUCAAAUAUAAAUUAAUAGGAUAAUAAAAGCACAAAAAAAUCUAUAGAAUAAAGAAGUAGAAAUAUUGAAUAAAAUGAUUGUCUAACGUUUAAAUAUAUAGACUGAUUGUUCUUUAAACAAAUCGAUUUAAAGGAUAAAAAUAAAUGAUUUGGUUGAUGAGCUAGAAAAUAUGUAUAAUUUAGACAUUAGUAUCUCAUCUUUGAUUGUAGAAAAUAAGUUUUUGAAUUGGGAAAUCAUUUCAGAAUUUAAUGGUUCAUCAGUUUCAAUUAAUUAAAGUUUAAGUAUCCAAAAUUCAAAUAAGUCCUAAAUUGAAGAUAUUAUACUCAAGUUAUAAAAAUUAGUAAUGUAAAUGCUAAAAAUUCAUAUUUAAGAAAUGAUUAAGUAAAUGAUAUUCCAAAAUCAGCAAGCUUAAGUAUGUGGAUCAAUAAAGAAGAAAUAAAUAAUCAUUAAAUGUGUGGAGAAUAUGGAAAGUAUUUAAAUAAAAAGGGUAAAUGGAUAGCUAUAUGGAAAGGAGAAUAAUUAUAAAAUGUUGGUGGAGUAUAUGAUGGUAUUAUAUUCAAAAUAUUAAAUACUUAGAUGAAGGAAAGAGAAAGAGGAUAUGGAAGGAACUCUUUCAUAAUUUUCGAAGGUAAAUUUUUAUUACAACUAUUAGUUAAGCAUAAGUAUAUGAAGUUGGCGAAUAUAUUAAUUCUAAGAGGUCUGGAAUAUGGAAGUAUUUCUAUAAAGAUUUAGAGAUGUAAGAAUAUUUAUAUUUACUUUAUUUAAAUGCUCAAGGAAUGUAUAAUGAAUUUGGUUAAAAGAAUGGUAAAUGGAUUGAAUUGAGUGAAAGAUUUUAGAAGCAUAUAAAGAUUAUUAAAUUAUAAGUAAAUGCCAAAUAAUUUAUGAUGGUGUAUAUGAAAAUGGUAAUAAAGUUGGUAAAUGGGAUACAAUGUAUAGAUAGAGAAAUAAAUUUCAAUUAAUGUAAUUAUCAAAUUUAUUCUUAAAAGUGGUGGAGGAUUUUAUGAAGUAAAGAAAGGUAAUAAUAACUCGAUUAAAAUUGGAAGCUGGAUUGAAUUAAGUAAUUGUUUUGUAUCUAAAUGAUUAUUAAAGUUGAAAGUUCCAGUUUAGUCACUUAUGAAGGUUCAUAUAAUAAUGGGUUAAAAAUUGGAAAUUGGCAAAUUUUUUGGAAUUAAAAUGGAGAUAAAUGAAAAGAUGUAUCUAAUUUAAUUAAUUAUUCCUUGAAAGUGGUGGUGGAUCAUAUGAGUCAAAGGAAUAUAACAAUCAAUUACUAAAAUCUUAGAAAAUUGGAAAUUGGAUUGAAUUGAUUGAUAAUUAUUAGAAGUAUUUAGAGUGACUAUAAAUUGUAAGGGAUAGAUAAAUCAUAUUCGUAGGAUAAUAUAAAAAUGGUAAGAAAGUUAAUAAAUGGAUACAAUAUAUAUAUAAAAUUAGCAAAAUGAGAUUAUGUAACAUAAUCUUAAAUAAUAAAUUUUUAAAAGCGGUGAUGGAUCAUAUUUGGAGAAUUUAGUUAAUUGUGAGGAUUCUAUAAAGAUAGGAAGAUGGAUUGAAUUGAGCGAUAAUUUUAAAAUGUAUUUCAAAAGUUUAAUAAAUUUUAGGGAUAGUUAAUAAUCCAUGUUGGCUCAUAUUAAAAUAAAAAUAAAGUUGGUAAAUGGGAUAUUUUUUAUAAAGAUGUUGGUCUGAAAAAGGAAUGGAUGUAAAGUCUAAUACUAUUAAUAUCUUUAGAGGAGGAGGAUGUUAUGAGAUUACCAAAGGAGAUGAUAAUAAUGUUUUUUUUCAAAUUAAAAAUGGAAUGUGGAUUGAAUUAAGUGAUAGAUUUGAUAGGUAUUGAGUUUAAAUAGUUAAUGAUAAGUUUUAAUUAAGUUAUUUUUAAAGGAGAUUACAAAUACGGUAAGAAAGUUGGUAGAUGGUAUAAGAUGAAGAGAUAAGGAAAAAAAAUAAAGGAUGACUUUUACAAAAUGUAAUUUAUAAUAACUCAAAUUAUUAGCAAGGAGGAGUAUUACCGAAAUUGA